ACUACCAAAAUGACCCCUUGUGGAUGACUUUUUGUUCUAAAGCGGCAAGGGGUUAUGUGGUGGAAUCAAAUCAAACUUCUUACUACUGCCUCCGUGUUUUAAAAGAGAAUUACCUAUUUUUUAUUUAUUUAUUUAGAAAAGAAUAAUUUUUUUUUUAUAAUAUUUUAAUUUUAACUUUUUACGUGGCAUAUUUAGAAUCAUAAGAUUAAAGGAUAUUUUGAUACAUUUGACAUAAUUUUAAUUUAAGGUCAUAACAUUUAAAAAUCUUCUUUAUUUUUUUAAAUUUUAUGCCAAGUCAAAUUAGGUUAUUCUUUUUUAAAUUGUUGGAAUAUAAGAGUUCAUAUAGCCAACUAAUUAAAUUCUAAAACACAUGUUUAAUCUUUAUUGUCGGUGCUCUAGACUGUUGCUGCAAUUUCUUGAAGAACCACUAUAAUUGUGCAGUUGUGCCUAACCCAAUUGUCAUUACUUAAAUCGGAUUAUGAAAGGACAAUCAUAAAGUUAUAGACAUAAACUCAUGUUUAAUUUCUAUUCUAAUCCAAUUGUCAUUAUUAUUAAAACCAGACAAGGAAGAAACUUCCAUAAAGGUCCAAAACUUCUAUACUUACCCAAAAAUGCCUCUCUCAUAUGGUGGGGUCCAAUUCUUAAUUCUAAUGAAAAAAAAUAGACCUUGUUUUAAAUCUCUUUAUUAGUGACUUGACUAUUCAGGAUAAGCACAAAUUUGGGUUUCUCAAUAGUGAUCAUCAAUAAUGGAAGUUCAAGAACAGGGGACCAAAUCUAGAGUUGUCAAGGUAAACUCUAUGGAAUCAUGGGAUAUCCAUGUAAAUCAAGCAACACUUCAAGGAUGUCCUAUUGUGGCACACUUUACUGCUGUUUGGUGUAUACCCUCUGUGGCAAUGAACCCCUUUAUGGAGGAGUUGGCUUCUAUGUACCAAGAUAUGUGUUUUCUCACAAUUGAUGUGGAUGAGGUCAAGGAGGUGGCUAGCAAAUAUGAGGUGAAAGCCAUGCCAACAUUUCUGCUGCUGAAAUCUGGAGUACCAGUUGACAAGAUAGUUGGUGCAAAUCCAGAUGAGAUAAAGAAAAGGAUCCAGAGUCUUGCUCUAUCCAACCCCACAGAUAUUCCCUAGUCCAACUAUAUAUAUACACAUAAUAAUAUAUAUACUGAUGUGUAGUGUGGUACAAAAAAUUCUUUUUGUUUUUGUGCGUGGCUUCUGCUGUUUCAUCUUUAAAUGUAGAUAAUUCCAUAAACAGUUACGAUGUUCUGUCUUCAAGGUAUGUAAGUAAAACAAGUUAAUGUACUUAAUUACUAAAUGAAUGGCUUUUCUGGACAUAGCUAUGUCCAUGUCAAACAAAUAAAGGAGCCUGAAAAAGAAAGGACUUGAAUUU